AUGUCGUCCCUAUCCAUCUUCCGCGUGGCGACCCGCGCCGUUCGCCCUACCGGCUUCUUCAGAGCUCCCCAAUUGACCCGGUCCCGGAUGCAGUCCCCGGUGACUCUGGCUGCCGCCCGCGCCCACAACUUCGGUACUACCUCUAUGCUCCGCUCCGGCCACGAGGAUGAGACAUACGAAGAGUUCUCUGCCAGAUUUGAGAAGGAAUUCGAUGGUGUGCAGGACGUUUUCGAGCUCCAGCGCAACCUGAACAACUGCUUCGCCUACGAUCUCGUUCCCUCCGUCGAGGUCCUCACUGCUGCUCUCAAGGCCGCCCGCCGUGUUAACGACUUCCCUACCGCUGUUCGCGUCUUCGAGGGUGUCAAGGCCAAGGUUGAGAACCCCGACCAGUACAAGCAAUAUCUCGAGUCCCUCGAGAGUCUGCGCGUCGAGCUGGGCGUCGCUCUCCGGGAGGAGCUCUACCCCCAGGAGGCGUAA